AUAAACUAGUUUUCUAAGCGGAAGUUCGCUAACGUUGUUUUGAAAUGACGUCACUCAGUUUCGGACUUGACAAGUAGUCUUAUCAAGUUUCAAUACUUGUGGUCUUUAUCUUGAAGAUCUAAUUCAAAUGGAUACGUUGAAUAUGGCAGAGACAAACAAGACGAAUUGUAUGGGUUUUAAAAUAACAGAUUGUAAAGGAGAAGUACUGUUACCUACAGCUGUGACAUUAUCACCAAGUGGCAUGAACAUCUUAGUAAGCACAAUCCCAGAGCAUGUGUCUACUGCCAACAAGGGUACUAAACAACGCAGACGUAGUGUUAGAAAGGCAGCAGUGGUUGUAACAGCAAUGUCGGAGGAAGUAAUACCAAAAGCCAGGGAUGAGAACAACUUGGUCCCGGAUAAUACUGCACGUGAGGGGGAUAACGUCCAGGAUGAGACAAAUGAAGAGACAUUGACAGAAGAGACAAAAGUCCACAAGGUCAAUGUGUUGAAAAAAAGAAGGACUGCACAAGAAAGGUCAGCAAGUUGCAAACGUGGCCAGCGGAAUGGAGAGUCUGAGUGUGCUAACAAGAAAAAGAAAUGUACGAAAAACUCAAUGAUGGACAUGUGUAGUGUUAUGUAGUGUGUAAUGUUAUCUAAUGAUAGAGUUAUGUGGUAUGUAAUGUUAUCUAAUGUUAGAGUUAUGUAGUAUGUAAUGUUAUCUAAUGUUAGAGUUAUGUAGUAUGUAAUGUUAUCUAAUGUUAGAGUUAUGUAGUAUGUAAUGUUAUCUAAUGUUAGAGUUAUGUAGUGUGUAAUGUUAUCUAAUGUAGUGUGUAAUGUUAUCUAGUGUUAGAGUUAUGUAGUGUGUAAUGUUAUCUAAUGAUAGAGUUAUGUAGUGUGUAAUGUUAUCUAAUGAUAGAGUUAUGUAGUGUGUAAUGUUAUCUAAUGAUAGAGUUAUUUAGUGAUCUUUAGUGAUGUAGUGUGAUGUUACGUUGUGUAGUAUUAGAUAGGGAUCUGUAGUGUAAUUUUUCUUUAUGUAGGCUAAUUUUAAGUCACAUAGUUUUAAUUAUUUUGCUCUUAAUGAACGGGGGGUAGAAACACACAGUCAGAUGAAGAUUAAGAGGUAAAGGGAGAUAGAGAAAGAUUAUGCGAGAAAUAGAGGGUGAGUAUGAGAGAUGGAUAGACGAACUCAAAAAGGGAAAGACUUGCGUGAGAGAAUAGAUUUUAGAAAGAAAAUGUCAUACAGAAAAACAAAGUAAAAAUAAACAAGCUUGUGAUAUUCAAUAAGUUGUUAGACAAACGGUGGUACGCAAUAGACUGCUAGGAAACAAACUGUGAUUUGUAGCAAACUGUUGGACUUGAUAGACUGUGGUACGCAUUAGACUGUGCAGACGGUGGUACUAAAACUGUGAGUCGAAACAAACUGAGCUACUUGAUAGACUGUGAGACCCAAUGGACUGUGUAGACUGUGAUAUGAAACAAACUUAGAGAGACACAAUGUAUAUGUAUUAACAGACUAAUUUGAUAACAUGGCUUUACGAUCAACACAAUUUUUAUUUGUAGUCUAUUUGAAUCUUUUUAUAUUUAAUUAUACAACUUAUGAAGAUGACAGUGAUAUCUCAUAAGAUAUUCUAUUUCUUCUUUCAAAUUUUCCAAAUUAUUUGCUUGUGUUAAUCUUCCAUUUUUGUGUGGACUUUUGAAUAACCUGAGGGUUUUACAAAAGGUGAACUGUUCAAAUGUUGCCUUUGACACCGCAAGCAAGAACAUAUCUACCGUAAUAUUAUAUAUUUUCCUUUUUUAUAGGGGCCCGAAAUUUGGACAGGGCUUAAUAAAUUCGCGGUCGGUAACAAAAAUAAUAUGAAUUGAUUAACGCACUACAUCUGGUAACUGUUAUGCCAUGUUGAAUUUCUUUUCAAGGACCAUUUCAUUGAUGGCUCGGUGUUAAAAAUGACCAGGUGUACCAUAAUUAAAAACAAAUAACAAACGUGUUUACCUUCACAAAAUCAUAAAAAAGAAAGUAAAGAAUCUCGACUUCAUUUUUCCCCUCCAACUCCCAUCCCCUUCUAAAUAGUCUGCAGUUUAGAUUUAAGAGGGGGUUCAGUAGAUUACGGUAUUUACUCUCUGUACUCAGAUACACACAAAACUUAUAGGCACCAAAAAACUUAAGUUGUUACGAUCGCAUUAGUUUGUUGCUGUUUUUGUUGUCAUGUUUGUUGGAAUUCUCCGAGCAACAUCUAAGUUCAAGUCUAAGACAGGAGAUGCUCGAGUAUCUGGCUUGAAGUUGACGCUGCUAUCUCUUGUCCUGAAUGACGACAGACAUCCUCUGCGACUGAAACAAUGAUGUAGAAUGAAAAACGAUCACUCUCGCCUUGAAAAGUUGGGAAGUGAAGUAGAUGAACUAAGACGGAUUAUGUUGUAUAGAUGUCAUUUGCUUAUGAGUCCUGAUAAUGACUGUAAACAAAAUAAAGACAACACAAUUAAUAACAUGACUGUUUAAUAUGAAUCUCACAGCAUUGCAAUGCUAACAUAUGGUUUAAAGUGGAAUAAACAAAAAUAAAUAACAAUCAA